AUGGGGCUUGGGAAACGGGCCCCAGGAGCGAACAGGAUCCGGCAGGUCCCAUUCCCGGAGGCCGGGCUUCCCGCCCGCAGGCAGCUGGGGCUCCAGCAGCCCACGCCGGGGCAGAGACCGAAGCCCGAGAACGCCAUCACCAUCGCGGUGUCAUCGCGAGCACUUUUCCGCAUGGAGGAGGAGCAGAAGAUUUACGAGGAGCAAGGGGUGGAGGCCUACGUGAAAUACCAGCUGGACCACGAGAACGAGCCCUUCCUCCCUGGGGCUGCCUUCCCCUUCGUCAAGGCGCUGGAAGCGGUGAACACGCAGCUGCGCGAGCUCUACCCCGACAGCGAGGAGCUCUUCGACAUCGUCCUCAUGACCAACAACCACGCCCAGGUUGGCGUUCGCUUGAUCAACAGCAUCAACCACUAUGAUCUGUUCAUCGAGAGGUUCUGCAUGACGGGAGGGAACAGCCCCAUCUGUUACCUCAAGGCCUAUCACACCAACCUCUACCUCUCCUCCGAUGCCGAGAAAGUGAGUGGGGCCAUUGAAGAGGGGAUCGCUGCAGCCACCAUCUUCAGCCCCAGCAAAGACCUGGAGGUGUCCGAGAACCAGCUGCGGGUGGCAUUUGAUGGUGACGCCGUGCUCUUCUCUGAUGAGUCAGAGCAGAUCGUGAAGGCUCAUGGCUUGGACAUGUUCUUUGAGCAUGAAAAGGCUUACGAGAACAAGCCUCUGGCACAGGGACCCCUGAAGGGCUUCCUGGAGGCCCUGGGGAAGCUGCAGAAGAAGUUCUAUUCCAAGGGGCUGAGGAUGGAGUGUCCCAUUCGCACCUACCUGGUCACUGCCAGGAGCGCGGCCAGCUCGGGAGCCCGAGCCCUAAAGACUCUGCGCAGCUGGGGCCUGGAGACGGAUGAGGCUUUGUUCCUGGCCGGGGCUCCCAAGGGGCCGCUGCUGAAGAAGAUCCGUCCUCACAUCUUCUUUGACGACCAGAUGUUCCACGUGGAGGGAGCCAAGGAGAUGGGCACCGUCGCUGCCCACGUCCCCUAUGGCAUCGCCCAGAAGCACAAGCGGCCGGCGGAGGAGAAGCAGACCCUGAACAGCAAGUAGUGGAGCUGG